CAGCGUUCAUAAUUGUAAACAGCUUGACGCGUGACGGCAGGUGACAAAGUACACCUGCAGAAAAUCUGCUUUUGGGUUCUAACCAAACUUGUGGAUUCAUUCGCAAAAUUCUCAAAUCAACAUGCGGAAUACACAUCUUUUGCUGAAAUAUUGUGCCUUGCUUACAUUAUGUCUUUACCAUAGCACUCGAGCUGCGGUGUUCAACCUCACAAUCUUACAUACGAACGACUGUCAUGCCCGCUUUAUGGAAACAGACCAAAACGGUCGGAUAUGCACGGCAGAUACCGCCGACUGCUUCGGCGGGGUUGCACGACGAGCUACCGUAGUCAACGAAGCAAGGGCUCGUGAUCCCGAUGGGCACGUUCUGUUUCUCGACGCCGGUGAUCAGUUUCAGGGAACAGACUGGUUCUACACGUACCGUGGGAACGCGACUGCGCACUUUAUGAAUUUACUAGGGUACGAUGCUAUGGUCCUUGGCAACCAUGAGUUUGACAAUGGAAUAGACGGCAUUGUUCCCUUCCUCCAAAACGUGACCUUUCCCGUGCUCAGCUGUAACAUCGACGCCACCAACGAGCCACGCCUACAUGGGCUCUACGUAUGCAGUCACAUUUUCCAAAUGGGCGGGGAAAGAGUGGGCGUGGUUGGCUACACCCUCAAGUCCAGUCCCGAUUUUUCAAAAACAGAAUCAUUGGUGUUCAAUGAAGUGAUCCCAGCUCUCCAACCAAAGGUCAACGAUCUGAUAGUCGUCGGCAUCAACAAGAUCAUCGCCCUCGGUCACGCAGGGUUCGACGUCGACCAGGCCGUCGCUCGGGACGUCAAGGGGGUCGAUAUCGUGGUCGGCGGACACUCAAAUACUUUCUUAUACACAGGAGAAGCGCCCUCUAACCAAGUACCCGUUGGAGACUACCCUUACAUUGUGCAUCCAGCCCAUGAUAGUGAGGCAUCCGUACUGGUCCUAUCAGCCUACGCCUAUGGCAAGUACCUGGGUCACCUACAGGUAACAUUCGACGAGAACGGGACCGUGACGGACUAUGCUGGGAACCCUGUUCUACUGGACGGCAGUGUCGAGAAAGACCCAGCCACCCUAGCUGCCGUUGAAGCCUGGGAGGUGAGAGUCGAUGAAAUCUCCAACGAGGUUAUCGGUCGCACCGAGACCAGACUCAACGGCGACCUCGCGACCUGCGGGACACAGGAGUGUAACCUAGGCAACGUGAUGGCCGAUGCCAUGCUCUUUGACCAUGGCAUGGACUGGUAUGGGGCUAACAUCGCCAUGACAACGUCUGGAAGCAUCUCUUCUUCGGUGGAAGCAGGUGACAUUACAACAGGUGAUCUCAUCACCAUAAUGCCCUAUGGUAACACAAUCGACAAAGUUCGUCUCACGGGCAGGGACCUUCUCAAAGUCCUUGAGGUACCCAUGGUGACAUUUGACCCCUCCAUCCCAAUCUACGGCUUCCUGCAAGUGUCGGGGAUGGUGAUCGAAUACGACCUGACUCGGGAGAGUGGCGAUAGGGUUCACCGAGCGCAGUUCCGCUGCAUGACCUGUACCGAUGACGGCACCAACGAGCUCAUGGACGUCGACCCUGAGGGCCACUACGAGGUCAUCAUGAACAGCUACAUGGCCGGUGGGGGAGGGGGCUACGACGUCGUACGAGAGAACAAGAUGGAGCAUGUCAGCGGAAAUAAUGAUGUUGACGUGACAUCAAGCUUCAUCAAGUCCACUUCUCCUCUCAACGAAGAAGCAGAAGGAAGAAUCAUACUCUACGAUGACGUCAAUAGACCCUCGUCUGGUCCCACCAUUAGACCUACUUUUGGACUAAUCAUUCUCCUUUCUCUUUGUGCAUUAUUUCAGAUGUACUAGACUUUAUUGUGUUUCAAGUCUUAAAGGAAAAAAAAAAUAAGUGUCAUAUUUGUUGUAAAUUGUUUAUACUACGACAGUGACAGGAAGAUGUGGAAAGUUGAUGGAAACAAUAGACCCUCAUCUGGUUCCAACAUCAUACCAAUUUCAAGACUUUUUCUCCUUUCUCUUUGUGCAUUAUUUCAGAUGUACUAGACUUGCGUUUCAAGUCUUAAAGUAAAAAAAAUAAAAAGUUGCAAGUGUCAAAUUUGUUGUAAAAGGUUUAUACUACGACAGUGGAAGAAAGAUGUAGAAAAUUGAUGAAAAACAAUAAACCCUCAUCUGGUCCAAGUGUCGGGCUUCGAUCUAAGGCCCCCUCCCCCCUAAGAACUAUUUGAGUACUAUUUUGACCCCUAAAACAAACAUCUAAACUAUAAACAAGAACAAAUAACCAAUGUUUUAUCUCUUUUUUUGGAAAAAUGGUAUUUCCUUGUGUUUUGUAUAGAAAUCAACAUGCAAAGACAAAAGGCCAUGUGACUUUGUAACGGUAUAGGUCCGAUCUACGAAAAAUUUAGUUUCAAAAGAUGCGCAAGACUCGAAAGAAAAAAAGUCAUAAAAUUUCAGCGCAAGAUUCAUUCGCGUUAAAAAGUUAUCGCGAAAAAUGUAGAGGGUGUUAAGUAAGAAUUGGUUAAUGUUCACAAGACUUUGUUCAUUCGAUUGCAGAAUUAUGGUAAGUUUUGCAGGAUGGAGUGUGUGAAAAUUGGCACUUCAUAAUUCAAUGAACUACAUGUAAAUCUACUAAAUUAAACCUGAACUAUUAAAGUUAGUAUAUUUUUUCGCAUACUGGCCAUUAAGUAUCCAUUGUCGUAAUUAUAACACUAAUUAAAGUACUCCCAUAAUUUGCAAACAAUACUUCCUAUUUGAAUUAUAUGUUAAUGUAUACAUCUAAAAAGUAGUGGUUCUGCCAAAUUGACUUUUGAUUUCAAUUUUUGUAUAUAAUAUUUCAUCUGUCUUCCUCUGUCUAUACAACAGAAUAAUCAUGUUUAUUAUAAAUGUUACAUGACAUAUCUGUUUCAAUAAGAAUAUAGAAUAAACGGCACAGAUAUAUUUAUUUGAUGGAGGAGAAUGUAGUAAUAAUAUUAUGUGAACGGAA